UUCGGACUUGGAGACUCGACUUUAGAUUGGAUGCGCGGAUGCAUAAUAAGAACGCUCUACUAACUGGCUAUUUAUUAUUUCUUACAACCUCCGAAUUGCAACUAGCUACGGGGCUGAAUUUGUUUUAUAUCUGGCUGGUUGGUGAUUUAGACUUUGAGGAUUGUAACACGACAGACAACUGAGGGCGAUUUUUUUUCGAACUUUGAUUACGUGCGUGUUGUUUUCUAAGGAUUACAGUGCAGUGUUUCCACCAAGUGAAAGCGAUCGUUAAGAAUCAUCUUUCCAGGCUCCCUGCUACCGGGGAGGCAUCGGUGAUUUCAUCUCGCCGAAGCUGCCCACUUCCGGUUUCAUUUAGGUGGAUAGACCCUUUCUUUUCAGAAUCGGUCUUAGAGUGAAGGUAGCGGAAAGAAGAAGUAUCGAAAGGAUUGAAGGAACCGGAUCGUAGCCAUGAAAACCUCAGUCGAAUUACAACAGUUUAAGAAAUGCGUCCUCUUGUUUAUGGCAGGCAUCAUAUGCAGUGGAUUAGCAUAUGCUUUAUAUGUCAUCGACCCAGUGAGGCUGAUUAUAGAACACCAUCUUCAAAUGGCACCUGGAACGCUUGCUUUCGGGUUAUGGAAGAAACCACCUAUCGAUGUUUAUUUAAAAGUUUAUAUUUUUAACAUUACAAAUCCAAAGGAAUUUUUAAACAGAGAAGAAGAUCUCAAACUUCAAGAAGUUGGGCCUUACGUUUAUCAAGAAAGAUUGGAAAAUAAAAACGUCACGUGGAACGAAAAUGGAACAAUGACUUAUUCUCCUAAGAGAACAGUAUUUUACGUUCCGGAAAUGUCCGUCGGAAAUCCGAAAAAGGAUAUAGUGACAGUGCCAAAUGUUCCAAUCCUGGGUGUGUCGUCAGCUCUGCACGACAAAGGUUUUCUGGUAAACUACCCCUUGACUCAAUUGGCGAAUCUCAUGGGUGCUGAACCAAUCCUAAAUAUUUCAGUUUAUGAUUAUUUAUGGGGUUAUAACGAUCCAUUAAUAAAAUUAGCUGGCAACAUUGUCCCGUCUUUCGUAAACUUCCAGAAAUUCGGACUACUCGACAGGAUGUACGACGAAGGCGACAAUGUGAUAAACAUGAAUAUUAAAAGAAAUAAGAACAUGACUGAAGAGAACGGACGAUACCUAAGCAUUGAGACCUAUAAUGGAAGUCCAGGAUUAUCCAAUUGGGGAUAUGAAGAGCAAUAUGGAAACGUCACUCCCCCUGAAAACACGGUUUGCAACACAAUCCAUGGAGCAACUGAAGGCACAUUAUUUCCUACAAACUUGGACAAAAAUGCAGUAUUUAGAAUAUUCAGGAAAGCCUUUUGCAGAACACUCCCCAUCGUUUUCAAAAAAGAAACAAUCACCGCAGACGGAAUUCCAGUUUAUCAGUAUGGAUUUGCAGACGAUUUUUUGGAUCCACCUGAUAAAAACCCAGAAAAUCUGUGCUAUUGCAGAAAAAAUGAAAAGUGUCUAAAAAAGGGACUCUCAAAUUUGACACCCUGCUAUUACAAUAUACCGGCAGCUGUGUCAUUGCCUCACUUUUUGGACGCUGACCCCAGUUUAAUGAAAGGAAUCCAAGGGCUUAAAGCAGAUCCAGAAAAACAUCGGACAACAAUUUAUUUGCAACCUCAAAUGGGCAUUCCAAUCGAAGUUCAUUCCAGGGUGCAAACAAAUCUCAUUAUGCACGACACACAUUACAAUCCGAAAAUUGCAGCCUUCAAUGGCUUAACCUUGCCAAUCAUCUGGACAGACCUGCUGAUACCAGAAUUACCAAGCGACUUGCUCUGGAUGAUCAAGAUGGGCGUAAAUAUUGGUCCAAAGAUAAUGAUGGCUUUCAUCUGCAUUUUGGCAAUCACCGGUGCCGGCCUUAUAUCUCUCUCGAUGGUAGGCGCCCUCUGGGUCUUAAAUCAGCAGCAGCAAGAAGAUGAAAAUGGCAGAAGGGACAGUUGCGAUCUUAGGAUACCUUUGGGCUAUGGACAGUACACAGGCAUUCGCAUCCUGCCUGCAAUUAAGAAAAUAACAUCCCGAACGGAUCUCUUCGUUUAAGACUUGUCAUAAUUACCUAAGAAUUUUUUAUUUUUCUAGACAAAAAUCCACAAAAGAAUGGACCACGCAGCUUCUAGGUUGCACUCUCGCCUCCUCGUUCUUAACUCUCGAUAUCGGAACGUGUGUGCCUAAACCAAUAACAAAUUCUGCACAAUUUUUCGGUCUCGAGACAAAUACAAAUGUUUCAAUUUAGCCAAUUGACAAAAGUUUGAUUUUCAUCGACUAAUUUUGUAAAUAAGUAAGUGCCUUAAUUUAUCGAUGACAAUCAGUCAACUUCCAUCCUGAUUUUAUCAUGUUCAUUCCAUUUGUUUGGAUAUAUUCAAAUGCUCAAUAUCAACUAUUUUGAUUUUAUACUUACAGUAUUCUUUUGCUCCCAUUGGAUUGUUUCAUUCCAAUGGCCAACAAAAUGGUUUGCUCCAAUUUUAGCCAAAUUGGUUAAUAUUCACCCCUAGCACAUAUCCCUAAAAGAGUUCAGUAUGAUUAACAAUAUUAACAUGAUGGGGACAGAUGUAAAAAAAUGAAAAAUCCACAUAACUUUCUCAAUUUUCGUCAAAUUCGUCUAUAAAACGAGGACCACAACUUUCUUUGAAAUCCGAAACAGGUUGUAUAGGGCAAAAAUAAAAGUUUUCAAAAUUGCGCGCCCACAAAAUAUGACCAAAAAUUGUAUUUUCUAUAGUUUUCAACGAAAGGGACCCAAAUUUUGUGAAGAAAUCUUUUUAACGACUAUGAAGCAUGUAUCAAUUUCCCCAUUUUUCAAGGAAAGCUCAAAACUUCUCAAAACAAAAUGUGCAAAUUUAUUUACAGAAAUUAUGCAGUGGUCAAUGACAUCCUAAAUGUAGAAAAAAUUCAAGAUAGUGGUUUUAUAUGAAGUUGCCAAAUCUACUAAAAUAUUUUUACUUUUAUUGUAAAACUUAUUGGCAACAGUAUUAUUAACCACUAUGAAUAGUAUAUGCCCCUUUGUGGAGAAAUAAAUAAAUAUAUCGUAAGAUUUAUUAAAAAUGUCGGUUGUCACUGAAUACUUGUACAGUUUCUAAAAAUAAAUUUGUUUAUCUUGAAAAGUUUAAGAAGUCUCCUUUAAAAAAUUGUGAAAUUAGUCAUCAUUCUUAAUUGCAUAAUUUUCGCAUAUUAAUUUACUCAACUUGUCAAGUUUGAGAGGCUUUUCAUAGGAAAUAGGGAGAUUAAUAGUUUUGUUUGUCAUUUAAACAAUAUUUUUUCACGAAAUCUGGUUCCCUUUUAUUUAAAACUAUAGAAGGUACCACUUUUUCAUUUUUCGUGGGUCCGCCAUUUUAAAUAUAUCGAAAUUUUUUAUUUUCACUCUACAGUGCUGUUUUAGGUUUCAAAGAAGUUUGCGGUCCUCGGUUUAUAAAAGAAUUCGGCGAUAACUGAGGUAUUGCGGCUUUUUUAUUUUUUUUUCAUGUUAAUCAUGUUAUGGAAAACUUUAAGGGAUGUAUGCUAAAGGUAAAUAGUAACCGAUUUAUCUAAAACUUUGAGCACAUCAUUUUUUUCGAUAUUAAAAGCAAAAGAAUGUUGAAAACAAAUUUUGACCACGUGUUUAAGGGGCACCCUGAUGUCGAUUUUUUAAAAUACGGACAUGAAAUAUAACCCAGAUAACAAUUCUAGCGCACACUGCGCGCAUGGAGCAGGCACGCCGUUCAUAUUUUCACGCACGACGUGCGUUCAGAUCAGCAAGCAGAUGUAUCGUCCAUAUAAAUUGUAAUUUAUGCUUUUUGAGAUGUCUGUACUCCGCGUUUUUCGUUUCCUGCUUUUUUGUUUUAGAGUUGAUAACAAUCAAUUUUCGAUUUAUGUCUUUGUUUUCUUUGUAUAAUACUUUCGCUUAUCUUCCACAUUUCAGUUAUACGCGCAUGAAGCAAGCACUCAAUGCGCGUGCGGAGAGUGUCUUAAAAUUGUUUAUUUCUAAUAAAAUGAAGUACGGAAAAGAUUUAAUUUGAAAGUUUCAUUUCAGAAAUGGAAAAUUAUGACAUAUUUAACAGGGUAACGGAACCAAUUACCGAGGGGGAUCCAAUUGUCUGAGAUCAAAGAUAAAUAUGUCAUGAAUUUCCAUUUCUGAAAUAAAACUUUCAAAUUAAACCUUUUUUGCUCUAUAUUUUAUUAUAAACAAACAAUUUUAAGACCUACAUAAUUUUCUUGUGUCAAAUGCAAGAUCAAUAUAAAUCUCCGUCGAAUAUGCAAAAACAUCGAAAGCGUCCGCGGUUGGCGCUAAAUUCAAAAUGGGUAUUAAAAAGAAUUCUUUUUAUUAAAUAAAUAGUAAUUACAAAAUGAAUAAUCGAAUAUUCAUGAUUUUGUCUGAAAUUGUAACUGUUUGUUAAAGAUUAGUUGUUUUAUUUCUAGCUAAAAAUUAAUUUUUUAGCUGAAAAUGUAACUAUUCCAUCUUUAUUGUAAAUUUAGCUUUUUUUGCUUAAAAUUAAACUAUUUGGUUAAAUAAUUUCUUUUUGUGUUUUGAUUUCAUACAUUUUGUUUAGUUAAUAAUAAGUUCUUAGGUGCUUUUUAAGGAACUGGUAUCUUUCUGUUUAAAUUAUAAUUUUUACCUUCUUUUAAUUUUAUGUUUAAAACAAUAUAUUUUUAUUUUGCACAAAAUAAUUUUUUUAACUCUAUUCCGUUAUUUCGAAAUUCCGUCACGGUGUGAUUGCACACAUGCUGACAUUGGCGACGCAUUGUGCGCGCAUUAAAGACGCAUCCACAGAAUGCUUUUAGAUGUGGUGCAAUCUUGCAAGCAUUUCGUGCGCGAAAUGCGCGCGCACGAAUUGUUAUCUGGGAAGAAUUAAAAGUUUCAGAAAUAAAGGGUACUUCUAGGACGAUCACGGUACACUAUAGUGAAAAUUAUCGCUCCACAAUAUUUCCAUAAUUUUAAGUAAUUUUACGGUUUCGCUCAAUUAGAAUUAUCAAUUAGCUAUUAUUAAAUUUACUAUCGUUGCUGAUGUAGAAAGAAAAUACAGUGGGAAAGGUUUCUGCAUUAGAGCUACCUCCUUCUUUUAUAAUCAAAAUUCUCUUCUUUUUCUAAAAAAAAAUAUGGUCAGUAUUCUUAAAAUAUGAACUAUAGUUUUUCAUAAUUAAUCAAGUAUCAUGUAUGAAUUUUUAUUUCAAAAAUCAGAGUUUAGUAACUAGAUUCUAAAUCUAAACUACUUAUAAAUUCGAAAAUGAUUUUAUAUAAUAAAUUCGACCCUAUAAAGCCAGUGAAAACAUGUAUAUAAACAUUCUACGCUUUAUUUUACAGAAAGAUCAAAUAAACUUGAGCAUUCAUGACAUUUAGCAAGCAGAUUUUACAUUUUAAAUCUAGUUUGUAGUUUGUACAAUGACGACGAUUGACGCAGACAAUAUAUUUAUUAAGUGAGAACGAUGAAAGAAAAAACGAUUUCUUAGAUUAUAUUGCCAGUUUCAUUUUUCGAUAUCGCUUUAUUAUGUGGGUUAAUGGCGUAGCUUUACUUAAUAAGUUUUCACACUUAGGCGUUCUUUGUACUUUUUCAUUUAAGUUAAAAGGAACGAAAAUGCGGAAAAUGCAAUAUAAAUUGUGAUUUAUGCUUUUUGAGAUGUCUGUACUCCGCGUUUUUCGUUUCCUGCUUUUUUGUUUUAGAGUUGAUAACAAUCAAUUUUCGAUUUAUGUCUUUGUUUUCUUUGUAUAAUACUUUUGCUUAUCUUCCACAUUUCAGUUAACUUCUUUUGAGUCGUUCAUGUGUAGAUAUAUAUGAUAAUUACUGUAUGCGAAAAGAGAAAACAUUUAUAAGAGCAUUUGAUAAUCAAAAAUUUAUGUUAAACGAGUAAGAAGCUUUAUUUGUGAACUUCAGAAUUGAAAUGUAAUUACUUAGUCAAUGAAUUGAAGUGCAGAAUACAAAUAUAAGACUGAUUGGGAAUAAGGACCCUGAUGUGUGAAACUGAGAGAAAGACGGUUUUUUAGGUUUAAAGCGUUUGGAGAUGUAUCUCAAUAAACUUAACGACGUUUUAUUAGAAUUGCAGAUUUAUAAA